CACGUCGACUCCAUACGGACUCUUGCCAGGAUGCGAUGCGAUGGGGAACACCUCCAGCUCUCAUAAGAUCUCGGCUCAGGACCGAGCAAUCCUCGACCUAAAAAACCAGCGCGACAAACUCCGCCAAUACCAAAGACGCAUCACCGGUCUAACAGACCGUGAAACAGAGAUCGCCAAGAAAUGUCUAGCCCAGAAUGAUCGGAGGCGAGCGCUGCUCGCCCUGCGCCGCAAGAAGUACCAAGAAUCGCUCCUGGCCAAGACAGACAGCCAGCUGGAGACCCUGGAGAAACUAGUCAAUGAUGUCGAGUUUGCACUCGUUCAGAAGAGCGUCUUGCUUGGCUUGCAGCAGGGGACUGAAGUGCUCCAGGCGAUUCACAAGGAGAUGGGUGGUAUCGAAGGUGUUGAGAAGCUGAUGGGUGAGACGGAUGAUGCGAGGGCUUAUCAAGAGGAAAUCACCGAGAUGCUUGCGGGUCGCCUGUCGGCGCAGGAUGAGGAUGAGGUCGAGGAUGAAUUGGCCAGCUUACAGCGCGAGAGGCAGCGCCCCGUUGAUUUACCGAAUGCUCCCGUGGGACAACCGGUAAGAGGGCCAGAGGAGGAUGAACCUCCGGUCGAAGAAAGGGCGAGGAUCGAGCCACAGGGCCCAAUGCUCGCCUCAUGAUCGAUAUACAUUCGUUGCGCGAUUGAAAGCUUGGAAACUAUAAACACCCGGUAUAGAUCAUCAGAGCAAAGCAUUUCUGGCGUUGGUUGUUUCUCCUCGAUUGCGGCCUUUUGGUUUUCCUUCCUACAUUUGUAUACACUGGCAAUUGGAGACUUGUCUGUCAAUUCACCAAUCACCUAGCUAGACGUCCGACUCUGCAAUCCGACUAUUGAUAUGUAUUCCCUCAUUCCCUUCGC